AUGCUAUUACGGAAGAAAUGGAGGUACCUCAGAGACCAAUACGCGGUGGAGACGUCCAAGAUCCCGCGGGCUCUGGAGGGAUCCUACACGCCCAAGUGGCCGCCCUUCAAAUCCUUACACUUUCUGAAGGGCGUCAUACCUCGGAGAGACAGAAAGAGGAAAGUCAGGCGUUCGUCUUCGAACACAUCGGAUGACCAGAACGACGAGCAGAGCGAUAUGGCAGCAAUGUCGUACCAGGAGGAUGAGUCGCACGACCCUUUCGAAGACGAAGUAGAUGUUAAGCCUUCUAGAAAGAAAUUGAUAUUUGCCUCUUCAAAUAAUGCAAUAACGUAUCAGGAAGAAAGACCUAAGGAAGAAGACGAUAAUGAACACAUGUAUUUCUUCAAGAGUCUUCUACCGCACGUGCGAGAGAUUCCUCGCCGACGAUUACUGGCAUUCAGAAGUUGUAUUCAAGCGAUAGUGGAGGACUUUGCUUACUCGACUGAUGCAAACUCUUCCCGUUUUCACCAACAACCCUUUCAAAAUGGAGAGAACUCAGCUAUCGAAAUCCGGCAGGCAGGCGGCAGGCGGCGCGGCGUGAGAUGCCCCGCGGUGUUGAUGAAUCGGGCGCACCAUCCAGCCAGAGAUGCGGGCUUAAGCCGAGGGAUGUGUUUAAAACCGGAUGUUUUUAAUAAAGCUCAUCAUCGAUUCGAGGCAUGUGAUUUAAGGUUGAGUGGAGCCCUUUCUUUGGCAGUGCGAGCAUGGAACACAGCGCCGCGGGCGCAGCGAAUGCGGCGCGCGGCGAAUCAGCCGGCACUGAUCGCCUCGCUCGCCUGCACCGUAACUACCGCAUUUGAAUAUCAAAGAACCAUCGGUAGAAAUAACUGGGCUGAGUAA